AUGGAAAAAGAUAUCGAAUUAAGAGAACAAGAUAGAUGGCUUCCAAUAGCCAAUGUCGCCAGAUUAAUGAAAAAUACCUUACCACAAACAGCAAAAGUUUCAAAAGAUGCUAAAGAAUGUAUGCAAGAAUGUGUAUCUGAAUUCAUAUCAUUUAUAACAUCAGAAGCAAGUGAUAAAUGUUUACGUGAAAAACGAAAAACCAUAAAUGGUGAAGAUAUUUUAUUUUCAAUGCAUGACUUGGGGUUUGAGAAUUAUGCUGAAGUAUUGAAGAUUUAUUUGGCGAAAUAUAGGGAACAACAAGCAUUGAGGCAAGAGAGAGGGGAGACUAGAACAACUAAGAAACAAGCUAAACAAGCUGCGGCUCAGGCUGCUGCUAUUGCGGCUGCUGCAUCUGCACAAGGGAUUCAGGAUGGUGGUGUUAAUGUGGAGGAAACUGUUUCUGUUCUGGUAGAACAAGGGUCAUCUUCGCAUUUGAAUGAAGGUGAUGAGGUUAUGGAUAUGGAUAGUGAAUUGCAUGGAUACGCCGCGGUUGGUACUAGUGCUACCCAUCCUGAUGUGAAUAUGCAUUCACAACAAUAUGAAAUACAUAUAGAUGAACAACCACAUCAACAACAGCCGCAGGCACAGCAAGUCCAAGCACAUCUUCACAGUUCGGAAUCAAGUUCAAUCCAAUCUCCGGAAUCUUAUUAUCAUGACUAUAACAACGGCAACAACCAAGAUCCAAGUAUAAAACAAGAAGUGGAAGCUUCUCAUAUGAAGCAAGAAACCUCCUCAUUACUUGAGACUAACAAUACCAACAAUAAUCCUGAACAAUAUGCUGGAUAUGAUGAUUUCCUUAAUCAUCAUGAACCAGUAGAUGGGAGUGCUGGAGCAGACGCAGGUGAUGAUGCAGCUUCAGAGCAUCGUAUUGAGGAAUUGGCAAAACAGUUGACGAAUGAGGAUGCUGAUAUUGAUGCGUUGACUGCUGGAAUAACCAAUGGUUCGGAUAGCUAUUUUUAG